AACCCUCAAUGUGGGAAUCUUCUGGCAGUAUUUUCCCAGGAACAAGUGAAAAUGGAAGAGACGGUGAAGACGCAGCUAUCCGGUGGGCGGCGUUGCAGCGUUCGCCAACUCAUGUUCAGGUACGAACGUCAUUUUUCAGAAAUCUUAAUGGAGAGGUAUCAGUUGUGGACAUUGGGAAGAUGGAAGAUCAAAAGCAGAAACUGAUAUUGGAGAAAUUGAUCACAUCAGUUAACAAUGAUAUUGAGAAUUUUUUCAAUAGAAUCAAACAGAGGUUUAAUGCGGUUGAUUUAGAUUUUCCAGAAGUUGAGGUUCGAUUUCAGGACUUAUGGAUAGAUACAUUUGUUCAUGUUGGAGGGAGAGCUUUGCCUACAAUUCCCAAUUUCAUUCUUAAUAAGGCUGAAGCUUUCUUGGGGAAAUUGAGGGUUUUCCCUAAUCAAAGGAAAAAAUUCUCAAUCUUGAAUGGCAUCAGUGGAAUCAUUAGACCCUCAAGAAUGACGUUGCUGUUGGGUCCGCCAAGUUCUGGAAAGACAACACUACUUCGGGCCCUGGCUGGAAGACUUGAUCAUGGAGUGAAGAUGUCUGGGAGAAUUACAUACAACGGUAAUGGGCUAAAGGAAUUUGUACCUCAAACUACUUCAGCUUAUGUAAGCCAGCAGGACUGGCAUAUAGCCGAGAUGACAGUGAAAGAAACACUUCAGUUUGCAGGCUCCUGCCAGGGUGUUGGAUUCAAGCUUGAUAUGCUUUCUGAGCUUUUGAAUCGAGAAAAGGAUAGCAGGAUAAUACCCGAUGAAGAUCUUGAUAUAUUCAUUAAGGCAUUAGCUCUUGGAGAAUUUCAAACAAGCUUGGUUGUGGACUAUAUCAUGAAGGUAUUGGGAUUGGAUAUUUGUGCAGAUACAUUAGUUGGGGAUGAAAUGCUUAAAGGAAUCUCCGGAGGACAGAAGAAGCGUCUUACAACUGCUGAAGUACUAGUCGGUCCGGCUAGAGUGAUGUUGAUGGACGAAAUAUCAACUGGACUUGAUAGUUCAACAACCUAUCAAAUGAUCAAAUAUCUGAGAUACGCAACUCACACUCUUAAUGGAACAACCGUCAUCUCACUUCUGCAACCAGAUCCUGAGACCUACCAACUCUUCGACGAAAUUAUCCUUCUGUCUGAUGGUCAGAUAGUAUACCAAGGACCACGUGAAGCUGCUCUUGAUUUUUUUCAGUUUAUGGGGUUUCAUUGUCCUGAUAGGAAAAAUGUGGCUGAUUUUCUGCAGGAGGUUAUAUCAGAGAAAGAUCAAGAACAAUAUUGGUUUAGUGAUACUCAUUAUCAAUAUGUACCUUUGGAGAAGUUUUCAGAAGCCUUUGGGAGAUUUCGAGUUGGAAAUGCCUUGUUGAAGGAUCUUGCCGUUCCUUUUGAUAAGAAAUGUAAUCAUCCAGCAGCUUUAUCAACAUCCACAUAUGGCAGAUCUAGGUUAGAUCUUCUCAAGAUCAGCUUUUCUUGGCAGAUGCUUCUAAUGAAGCGGAAUUCUUUUGUCUAUAUCUUCAAAUUUGUGCAGCUUGUGUUGAAUAUCUUGAUCACGAUGACUGUAUUUCUUCGAACAACAAUGCAUCACGAUACUCUGGAAGAUGCUGGAGUUUUCCUUGGAGCACUCUACUUUACAAUGGUUAUGAUUCUCUACAAUGGAUUUAUGGAAGUCCCUAUGUUGAUAUCAAAGCUUCCUGUAUUGUACAAGCAUCGUGACUCACAUUUUUAUCCGUGUUGGGUUUAUACACUUCCUUCUUGGCUUUUGAGCAUUCCUUCAUCGUUUCUUGAAUCCGCUAUGUGGGUGGGAGGAACAUACUAUGUUGUCGGCUUUGAUCCUGAGAUUACUAGAUUCCUUCAGCAGUUUUUGUUAUACUUUUUUCUCCACCAAAUGUCCAUUGCACUUUUUCGGGUUAUGGCCUCUCUGGGUCGUAAUCUGGUUGUGGCCAAUACGUUUGGAUCUUUUGCUCUGUUGGUUGUCAUGAUUCUUGGAGGAUUUAUACUGUCAAGAGAUAGAAUUCCUUCUUGGUGGAUUUGGGGUUAUUGGGUUUCUCCUCUUAUGUAUGCUCAAAAUGCAGCUUCAGUUAAUGAAUUUCUUGGCCAUUCUUGGGAUAAGAGUGCAGGGAAUUACACAACAUUAUCUGUUGGAAAAAUGUUAUUGAAAGACCGAAGUUUGUUCCCUGAAGGCUAUUGGUACUGGAUUGGAAUAGGUGCCUUGAUAGGUUACAUAAUCUUGUUAAACGUCCUUUUCACACUUGCCUUGACUUAUCUUAACCCACAUGGAAAUCAUCAAUUCAUUGAUUCUUCUUCUAAGAAAAGAAACAAAAACAAAGAAGAGAAAGUCGAUGAUAAAGGAACCACAAUUAUUGAGCUGAGAGAAUACUUAGAACAUUCUCACUCAUUCAUGAGCAAUAAAGUUAGAAGGAAGAGAGGGAUGGUUCUUCCUUUUGAACCAAUCUCAAUGUGUUUCAAAAACCUUAAUUACUAUGUUGAUGUCCCAAUAGAAUUGAGACAACAAGGUGUUGUGUCUGACCGGCUGAGAUUGUUGGUGGAUGUGACUUUUGCAUUUCGUCCAGGCGUGUUAACUGCUCUAGUUGGUGUUAGUGGAGCUGGAAAGACUACUCUAUUGGAUGUUUUAUCUGGCAGGAAAACUGGUGGAUAUAUUGAAGGGAGCGUAUAUAUCUCCGGUUACCUUAAGAAACAAGAAACUUUUGCUCGGGUAUCGGGUUAUUGUGAACAGAGUGAUGUCCAUUCUCCAUGUUUAACUGUCCACGAGUCGCUUAUUUUCUCAUCCUGGCUUCGAUUGGGUUCUCAUAUCGAUUCAACAGUUAAAAAGGAAUUUGUGGAUGAGAUUAUGGAACUUGUUGAGCUCACUUCUAUUGGAGAUGCUUUAGUGGGUUUACCCGGCGUAGAUGGGUUGUCAACCGAACAGAGGAAAAGGUUGACAAUUGCAGUUGAGCUGGUGGCCAAUCCUUCCAUAGUUUUCAUGGAUGAACCUACUUCAGGACUUGAUGCCAGAUCUGCUGCCAUUGUCAUGAGAACCGUAAGGAAUAUCGUGAACACUGGUAGGACAAUUGUUUGCACAAUUCACCAGCCCAGCAUUGAUAUAUUCGAAUCCUUUGAUGAGCUUGUGCUCAUGAAACGUGGAGGCCAACUUAUCUAUGCUGGUUCAUUGGGCAAAAGGUCUUGUAAUGUUAUUCGGUUUUUCGAGGCUGUUAACGGAGUUCCAAGGAUUAGACCAGGCUAUAACCCAGCUUCCUGGAUUCUAGAAGUUACUUCUCCAUCAGAAGAAACCAGACUUGGCGUCGAUUUUGCUGAAAUUUACCGUGAAUCGUCUCUCUUUCAAAAAAAUGAAGAACUUGUUGAAAUCCUAAGCCGGCCAGAUCUUGAUGAUAAAGAAUUAUGUUUCCCGUCAAUAUACUCACAGACAUAUUUUAGCCAGUUUCUAGGCUGUCUUUGGAAGCAAUGGCUGUCGUACUGGCGGAAUCCGCAGUAUACUGCAGUACGGUUCUUUUAUACCGUUAUAAUCUCCUUGAUGUUUGGAACAAUCUGCUGGAGAUUCGGUUCUAAAAGGGAAACACAGCAGGAUAUCUUCAAUGCCAUGGGAUCAAUGUAUGCGGCGGUUCUAUUCAUCGGAAUCACCAACGCCACUUCCGUUCAACCGGUUGUUUAUGUCGAGAGGUCAGUUUCAUAUAGAGAAAGAGCUGCAGGGAUGUAUUCAGCUUUGCCAUUGGCAUUUUCACAGGUUGUUAUUGAGUUCCCAUAUGUACUAGUCCAAUCGGUUAUUUACAGCACGAUUUUCUACUACAUGGCGGAAUUUGAAUGGAGCUGUUCCAAGUUCAUUUGGUAUAUGUUCUUCAUGUACUUCACUCUGCUCUACUUCACAUUUUUCGGUAUGAUGACCAUUGCCAUCUCGCCUAAUCACAACAUCGCUGUCAUAAUCGCUUCCCCAUUCUACAUGCUGUGGAACCUCUUUAGCGGAUUCAUGAUUCCCAGGAUGAGAAUACCUAUAUGGUGGAGAUGGUACUAUUGGGGAAAUCCAGUAGCAUGGAGCUUGUACGGAAUGUUGGCAUCACAAUAUGGAGACAUGAAUGAUGAACAAGUGAAGCUAUCUGAUUAUAACUACAUUUCAAUCAAACAGUUGCUGAAACAACAGUUUGGAUAUAGGCACGAGUUCGUCGGAGUUGCAGCUGGUGUAGUAAUCGGUUUCUGCUUCAUCUUUGCUGUCUCGUUUGCUUAUUCCAUGAAAGCCUUCAACUUUCAGAGGAGAUGAAAGGUCAUUUUUUCUUUCUUUCUUAGGAAUAUAACACUCAAAUAUCAAAACUAUGUCUAUAUAUUGGGAGAAACAGCUUGACUUUUUAUACAAGUCAUUUAUUGAAUGUUGGAAUAUAACACUCAAAUAGAUGUUCUCUAAAUAUCAAACUGUCACUCCUUAUGCAACAGUUAUUAGCAACUAAGAUAGGCUUAUUUGAUGUAGAGAGUGAUAUUUGAAAGAAAUUGUUUGAUAUCUAAAUUG